GCAAACGUCUGAAUAUUACACGCAAUAUUUAUGUAAUACGCUAAACAAUUAAGUCGCAUAAAUUAUAAAAUAGUCAUUAGGGAUAACUCGAUGGCAUUUGUGGAGCGCGACUUUGAGUCACCAUAGUGCCGCCGCCAAGUACGAUAGCCACAAUCUGAGCGCCAGCGCAGUGCCAAAAGCUCUGUGUUGUUGAAAAACUCGACAAAGUCAAAAAAGUCGAAAAAGUCAAGCUGCUCUUUGUAGGCCGCUCGAUACAAAGGUAAAAAGAAGUUGGCCCAAACAAAUUGCCCGAAAUGGGAAAAAACAAAUCGAGCACGCUGGCGAGAGCGAGAUAAAAACACCGGGACAAACCGGCCCGAGCGUUCAGUUCUGUGCCGGACGACAAAAGCGGCGGAUCACUGUUGGAUUUCAUUUCAUCCGGAGCACUUGCGAAUAGAACGCGAAAGUCCCGAGCAAGCGUUAGUUUUUGCAUACAAUGGAGUACCUGAGCUACGUGUACGAAAAAAUCUUCGGGGGCAAUCCUCCCACGGAUGACACGCAAGGGGCUUUCCACACGCCCCGCAAGGUCAUCUGCUUCGGCAACGUCCUGCUCGACCGACUAGUCCAGCUCGAGGAUCCCCAACUCCUGGAGCGGUUCGGCCUGGAACUGGGCUCCAAGGGUGAACUGGACAUGGAGAAACUCAACCAGCUGGCAGCGGAGGCUUCUGAGAGCUCUCGGUGCCUUACAAACCCGGGUGGCUCUGCCCUCAACACUGCCCGCAUCCUGAAGCAGCUGGGCACAGACGCGCUCUUCUUUGGCGCCGUGGGAGCCGACAAGCACGCCGAGGAGCUGCGCCAGAUCAUUCGGGAUCGCGGCAUCGAGGCCAGGCUGCAGACCGUCGAGGAUGCGCACACAGGGCAGUGCGUGUGCCUCAUGUAUCAGGACAACCCCACGCUGUACGCCAACAUCGGCGCCUCGGCUCAGUUCGAGGUGCAGACCCUGAGCCACGCCGUCAGCCACGAAGGCCAGAGCUUCCUGCGACCGGUGGAGCGCAAGCAAAUCCUGUACGUGGAGGGCUUCUUUGUGCCCCAGAGGAGUGAUGUGUGCGAUUACAUAGUGCAGCACCUGGUGCGGGAGCGGCGACGCCUGGCUCUCAAUCUCAGUGCACCCUACAUUGUGAGGAAAAAUCACCAGGCUAUGAUGAAGCUGGCCCGGGCCGCCUUCUUCCUGUUCGGAAACCGACAGGAGUUCGAGGCGCUGGCCGAGGCUGCGGGUGGGUUCCGAAACGUCGACGAACUGGCGGAUCAUCUCCUGCAAUCCGGUGGCACCAAGGUCAUCUUCGUCACCAACGGCAGUGCCGGCGUCCAGGUGAUCACCAACUACGUGGAGGAGCUGGCUCCUCCCGGACCCGUAAGCUUUGAGGACUUCAGGGCGCAGCGCGUAGAGCAGCUGGUGGAUGCCACUGGGGCCGGAGAUGCUUUUGUGGCCGGAUUCUUGCACGCCUGGCUGGAGAAGCGCUCGCUGGGCGAGUGCAUCCGAAUGGCCUCCAGCGUAGCCGCCAAGGUCGUCACCCAGGUGGGCUGCAAUCUGCCCUAGACCGACGCCGUGCAUCGCCACCUCAGAUAGCGCACAACAAAGCACCAAAGUAGACUCUUAGCUUGUAAUUAUUCCGGUAAUCUCCCCAAACCUUAGGCUUAGUCAAACAUUUGUCCACCAUUUCACCCAAGCAAUGAACUUAGUCAUAAUGUGACUAAAUAAAAAUGAUUUAUACAUCGUCCUAUGAAAGAUAAUAAUAUUUCUGAGUGACUAUAUGUGACUACAUUUUAUAAUAUAUAUAGCGAGAUUCCUAUUGUAUGCAAUUUUUUAACAUUUAAAUAUCUUUUGAUAGUUCUAUGUAAACAGAUGUUGCUUUCUCAAAAGACAAAACAGAUUUAUCUAAAACCAGUACAUAUGUAUCUAUUUGUAGCACAUUGCCAUUAAGAAUUUGCGUUGACCUUCAGAAGAGCGCAAAGAUAAAAAGUGAAAUAGGGUAAAAUGUGCCCACGUCUAAUCAAGCCAUGCCAUGAAAUCACCGGAAGACUCUUUUUAAUGGUUAAAUAUAGAUUCGAGAGCAUUGUUUUGCGCACAGUGGGUUGAAUGCUUACAAAUUAUUAAUUUCGCUGUAAUACUUUCUUAGAUAUACCAUUAUUCAUACUUCAUUAUUUGAGCAAACAUAAGUAAAUC